AUUCAUAGUGGAGGGAGGGUCUGUCAGCUACACCCCCCUGGGAUCCGCUCCUCCUCUGCCCGAGCACCAACUUUCAUAUAUGGCUGCUCCAAUCACCAUGCAGCCAUCUCAUAUGUAUGGCCAGCCAGGCACAGCUAGACAAGGACAGUUGCCUGUAAACAACAUCCCAUCGGCAACAACAGGAACUGUUCUUCCAGCUCCUCCACCCCACAGCUGCACUCCAAAAAAGCAUCAAACCAAACAGGGUGCAGACCAGGCUUACAUUAAGAAGCCCCCGAAUGCCUUCAUGCUGUACCUUAAAGAGCAGAGGCCAAAGGUCAAAGCAGAAUUAAAUAUCGGUGACAGUGCAGCUGUGGGAGAGAGAGUAAGUGUGUAACUCUGAAUACAUUUAUACAUCUGUUAAUGUUCU